CGCCUAUAAUUCCAUCCUAUCCGCCCUCGAAUUUAUAGUUUUCUUUCCGAAUCAUUACCGUCGAACCAUCUGUGAGGUCUCACAAUGAACGGCGCUGCUGACCCGGAGAGAGAGCAGGCGCUCGAGGACUACAAGAAGAGCCUGCUGGAGCUCCGAGAAUGGGAGGCCAAGCUCAAAUCUCUUCGGAUGGGAAUUAAGGACUUGCAAAGGGAGUUCGAUAUCUCAGAGGAAAACAUCAAGGCCCUACAGAGUGUGGGCCAGAUCAUCGGUGAAGUGUUGAAGCAGCUGGAUGAGGAAAGAUUCAUUGUUAAGGCAUCAUCCGGUCCCCGUUAUGUCGUUGGUUGCCGUUCGAAGGUCGAUAAGUCGAAACUGAAACAAGGGACUCGUGUCGCCCUUGAUAUGACAACUCUGACGAUCAUGCGGAUGCUGCCCCGGGAGGUCGACCCAUUAGUAUACAACAUGUCUUUGGAGGACCCAGGACAAGUGAACUUUGCUGGUAUUGGUGGUUUGAACGAACAAAUCCGAGAGUUACGAGAAGUGAUCGAGUUGCCACUCAAAAACCCCGAGCUUUUCCAGCGAGUUGGUAUUAAACCACCCAAGGGUGUCCUCCUUUAUGGACCUCCUGGCACAGGAAAGACAUUGCUGGCACGUGCUGUAGCCAGCUCGAUGGAGACCAACUUCUUGAAGGUCGUUUCGUCCGCUAUCGUCGACAAGUACAUCGGUGAAUCUGCACGGUUAAUAAGAGAAAUGUUCGGAUAUGCCAAGGAGCAUGAGCCUUGUAUUAUCUUCAUGGAUGAAAUCGAUGCGAUCGGUGGUCGACGAUUCUCAGAAGGUACAUCCGCUGAUCGUGAAAUCCAACGGACGCUGAUGGAGCUUCUUAACCAAUUGGAUGGGUUCGAUUAUCUUGGAAAGACGAAGAUCAUCAUGGCUACGAACAGACCUGAUACUCUUGAUCCCGCUCUGUUGCGAGCGGGUCGUUUGGACCGCAAGAUUGAGAUUCCUCUUCCCAAUGAAGUUGGUCGCUUGGAGAUCUUGAAGAUUCAUUCCAGUACCGUCCAACUUGAGGGUGAUAUUGACUUUGAGAGCGUCGUAAAGAUGAGUGACGGUCUCAAUGGAGCAGAUCUGCGCAAUGUUGUCACGGAAGCUGGUUUGUUUGCCAUUAAAGAUUACCGGGACGCUAUCAACCAAGACGACUUCAACCGGGCGGUGCGCAAGGUAGCGGAAGCUAAGAAGCUGGAAGGCAAGCUGGAGUACCAGAAGCUUUAAUUACAUAGAUACUCCUAGGAUGACAUUACAAAAUCGGUCAUAUUUAGAUAAUGUGCAAUCGGUUUCACGAGC